AACCCUGCAUGGGAGCAGCCAGUUUGACAGAAGUGAUUUGCAGUUUUGGAUUUUUCUAUUGCAUUUUGUUAGUCGGGGUGAAAAACGCUAAAAGUUUAAGAUUAUUGUUUGAAAAAUAAGUGAAUUCGGUAUUUGAACAAUAAAAAGCAACGUCUAAGUGGAAAAUUUUGUUGUUUGAAGCUGUUUAGUGACCAUUACCACAAUGACGUUAACGUCCGCCGCUGGUAUCAUCUCCUUGCUAGAUGAGCCCAUGCCCGAUUUAAAGGUAUUCGCUCUGAAGAAACUAGACCACAUUGUGGAUGAGUUUUGGCCAGAGAUCUCUGAAUCCAUCGAAAAAAUUGAAAUGUUGCAUGAAGAUCGUUCAUUUCCUGAAAAUAAAUUGGCUGGCAUGGUAGCAUCUAAAGUGUUUUAUCAUUUGGGAUCAUUUGAAGACGCACUAACCUAUGCACUGGGUGCUGGCGAUUUGUUCGACGUAAAUGCACGUAACGAAUACACCGAAACUAUAAUAGCCAAGUGCAUUGAUUUCUACAUUGCUCAACGCAUUGCUUUCAUUGAAAAUCCGAAGGAAGCAAAGGCAGUUGAUACACGUUUGGAAGCAAUUGUUAACCGCAUGAUCCAGCGUUGUUUGGAUGACGGCCAAUAUCGUCAGGCAUUAGGCAUCGCCUUGGAAACGCGUCGUAUGGAUAUAUUUGAACAGUCCAUUAUGAAAUCGGAUGAAGUUAGUGGCAUGUUGGCUUAUGCCUACAAUGUGACUAUGUCCUUGAUUCAGAAUCGUGGUUUCCGUAAUGAAGUAUUGCGUUGUUUGGUUGGCUUAUAUCGAGACUUGGGUGUGCCAGACUACGUUAACAUGUGUCAAUGUUUAAUAUUUUUGGAGGACCCACUUGCAGUGGCCGAAGUUCUAGAUAAAUUAACUCGUUCUUCGAUUGAAGGAAAUAAUUUAAUGGCAUACCAGAUUGCUUUUGAUUUAUAUGAAUCGGCUACACAAGAAUUUUUAGGUAAAGUUCUUCAAGCUCUUAAAGAAACAGCACCCAUUCCAACAGCAUUGCCGUCGACCUUCAAACCACAAGGCACAAACGAAUCUACCAGUGACGAGGCAUCGAAAUCACCUACCGAUGAAAAACCUAAGCCCACAGAAGAUUCAUCUGGAGAUGCUGAGGGUGAUACUAAAAUUGAGAGGACUAUCGAUUCAUUGAACGACUCAGAGAAGGCUCACCAGAAAAAUAUUGAAAAGCUCAUUUCUAUUUUGUCCGGCGAAAUAACCAUUGAUCUUCAACUGCAGUUCUUAAUCCGCAGUAAUCAUGCUGACCUGCAAAUUCUGCGAGGCACAAAAGAAGCAGUGCGUGUAUCUAUUUGUCACACUGCUACUGUAAUUGCAAACGCAUUCAUGCAUGCUGGUACAACAUCGGAUCAAUUUUUACGCGAUAAUCUGGAUUGGCUGGCGCGAGCCACAAACUGGGCAAAAUUGACUGCCACUGCUUCCUUGGGUGUUAUCCACCGCGGACACGAGAAAGACUCUUUGGGUCUUAUGCAAAGUUACUUACCAAAAGAGACCGGACCUAGCUCGGGCUAUUCUGAAGGAGGUGGCCUAUAUGCCCUAGGUCUGAUUCACGCCAAUCAUGGUGCCAACAUCAUCGACUAUCUUUUGCAGCAGUUGAAGGAUGCUCAAAACGAGAAUGUACGUCAUGGCGGCUGCUUGGGAUUAGGUUUAGCGGCAAUGGGCACUCAUCGUCAAGACUUAUAUGAGCAACUCAAGUUCAAUUUGUACCAAGAUGAUGCUGUUACUGGCGAAGCCGCCGGCAUUGCCAUGGGUAUGGUUAUGUUGGGCUCUAAAAAUGCACAAGCAAUCGAGGAUAUGGUGUCUUAUGCCCAGGAAACACAGCACGAGAAAAUUCUACGUGGAUUAGCUGUUGGUAUUUCAUUGACUAUGUUUGCCCGCCUUGAAGAAGCCGAUCCUUUGGUUACCAGUUUAUCCACUGACAAAGAUCCUGUUCUACGACGCUCUGGCAUGUACACCAUUGCUAUGGCUUACAACGGUUCUGGUAGCAACAAAGCUAUCCGCAGACUUUUGCAUGUCGCAGUUUCCGAUGUAAACGAUGAUGUACGGCGGGCUGCGGUUACCGCAAUUGGUUUCAUACUUUUCCGUACACCUGAACAAUGUCCCUCCGUUGUAAGCUUACUCGCUGAGUCUUACAAUCCACACGUUCGCUAUGGCGCGGCUAUGGCUUUGGGUAUUGCCUGUGCUGGCACAGGUCUACGCGAGGCAAUCGCUCUCCUGGAACCCAUGGUUAAAUUUGAUCCGGUGAAUUUUGUGCGCCAAGGUGCGCUCAUUGCCUCUGCUAUGAUUAUAAUACAACAUACUGACCAAACAUGCCCGAAAACGACUUUCUUCCGUCAACUUUAUGCCGAAGUGAUUAGCAAUAAACACGAAGAUGUAAUGGCAAAGUUUGGAGCCAUCCUCGCCCAGGGUAUAAUUGAUGGGGGUGGGCGCAAUGCUACACUUUCCUUGCAAUCACGCACUGGGCACACAAAUUUGCAAGCCGUUGUAGGAAUGCUCGUAUUCACCCAGUACUGGUAUUGGUUCCCAUUGGCACAUUCGCUUUCAUUGGCAUUUACUCCAACUUGCGUUAUUGGUUUGAACUCUGAUCUGAAGAUGCCAAAGAUGGAGUUUAAAUCCGCAGCCAAACCAUCUCUCUAUGCUUAUCCAGCACCGUUGGAAGAAAAGAAAUC